GGAACAGUCAGAAAUGCUGUGGUUCAUUGCAUUUAUGUUUUGUAGUCGUCAUCUGGUGGUAUAAAGAACCAAACAAGGAACAAGCAACUUUUCACAGUCUGACUCUGUUCUUAACCCUUCCGCUGCCCGGGUCUAGUCGGAAACAAUGUGUAUCGCUGAUACACAUUGUUUCUAGUGACAGAUUGAUGGCACAAGAGCAGCCCGCUGAGACAGACAAAGUUUGAUUUACAUUUCCUGAGUUGGAUUCUAUCACUUUCAGCAACAUUAAGUUUUUCAUUAAAUAGAUUUUGUUUGUUGGGGAGAAACUUACUUUAGUCUUUCCUGGAUGAAUGUUUUUUUAAAUGGAAGCAAAACAUGUUUAAAAACCAGACAGCUGAAGUGCACAGAGUCUGGGCUAACUGGGGAAUGUUUUGGAAUCUCCCUGGCUGGGAGUCCACUUCCAGAAAAAGGUCUCCGAUGUGGCUGUGGGUCCCUAAGGCACAGACAGGGUGACCGACGGUCUGCCUUCCUGUUUAUAUAUCUGCCCAAGUGGCAAAACUGUCCCCUAAGGACAGGACAUAUGGACACCAGACAGCAACAGACAAGACUUCAGUAGUUUAAAAAUAUUCACAGAAUGAGAAUUACAGCAGGAGUGCAUGUGAACACUUCAACAAACACAAUCUGACAGAUGUUGAGUCUUUAAACUCAGUCCCUGAUUGCGAAAAUUUUAACAAAACAUUAAAUAAUGAUGCUGUCACUAUGACAAACCCAGAAAGAAUGUCGACUGACAUAUUUUAAAAACCAAAUCUAGGAGAGCCCGUUUGGCUUGGGAGCAGGUUGGGUUUUCCUCUGAACCCUUGCAUAAAUCUCAUGGUCCAGGAUAUAAGCUGAGCCCUGCUGUCAUGCAAACCGCCAUGCCCAUACAUGUCCUGUCACCACAGGAAUGAAACUAAACCACACCAGCCCACUAAUCCAUCUUCCUGAGAAUGCGACAACAAAACCGUUUAGGUUGCCAAGUUCUUUUUUGAAUUUAUUUGCAUAGAAAUGCAUAAAUGAGAGAGAAUAGGAAACGGGGAGAGACAUAGAUUAUAAACAACUGAACUAAAUUAAAUAAACUAUAACAGUAUUUAUCAGGAAAAAAACAUUUAAAUAAACUACUGUAGUUCCAUAAAAUAAAAAAAAGAAUGGUUUAGUCCACAGAAUUUUUGCUAACAAGAGUGAGGUUGUGAACAAUAUACAGAACACACAAUAACAAGCCAAUAAUGACUACAUUUCAGCAAACCACCAAAAAAAACCUGUUGUAAAUGGGACAAACAGAUCCACAUGGGAUGCUAUUCUAUAUUCUCCUUUUAUAAAAAAAAAUUCUCAUAGACAUAAACAAAAGGGCAGCCACCAGGGCACUCCCUGCAUGACAUCAAGAUUAAGAGAUUAAAUUCACAAUCUAUCUGAGAUUGAAAAAACGUUGUAUGGUGCUUUGCACAGUACAGCAAACAAAGAUAGUAAGGACUUUUUGUUUAUCCAUUUCUCCUGCAUCAUAAAACAGUCUUAAAGACACACACACACGCGCACGUGAACGUGCGUGCAUGCAUGCAUGGAGAGCUACGUGGUACAGAGAGGUGCUCCUAGAGUGUCAGCAGGGAAGGGGCGGGCAGAGGGAAAGAGAUCAGUGCCUUCAGUCCUUUGGUGCAAACAACUUUUCUCCUCAGGAUCCUUAACAACUGUUUGUGUGUGAUUAAAAAAAGGAUAUCCCCACCUGUAAAGCCCCACAAAGAGGAACAUACACAGGCAAAAAAAUGCAGGAUUUCAACUACGACAACGAGGACUACAACGCAAAUGACAGUUAUGAUUACGAUUACGAAAACGGUGUUUGUGACAAGGAGGCAGUGCGCUCCUUUGGCGGUGUCUUCCUCCCGGUCAUCUAUGCCUUGGCUCUGGUGGUGGGCCUGGCUGGGAAUGCCCUGGUAGUGGUGGUCUAUGCAUCCAAGCUGCGGCUACGAACCCUGACAGACGUGUGCAUCCUGAACCUUGCCAUUUCCGACCUGCUGCUCCUCUUCACCCUGCCUUUUUGGGCGGCUGAUGCGGUUCAUGGCUGGAUGUUGGGUUCGGCAGCCUGCAAGCUCACCUCCUUCCUCUACAGUACCAACUUCAGCUGUGGCAUGCUGCUGCUGGCGUGCAUCAGUGUGGAUCGCUACCGCGCUAUAGCCCGCAAUCCCGCAGGCAGGACUGGAACAGGUCGCUGGGUGAGGAUACAGUGGUUCCUGGUGUGUGGGCUGUUGUGGGCUGUAGCCAGCUUUCUUGGCCUUCCCGAACUUUUCUUGUCCACAGUGAAGCACUCCCAUCACAGGGUGGCCUGCACAUCUAUCUUCCCGCACAGCAUGGCCCGACCUGCAAAGGCUGCCCUGGAGCUGUUGGAGGUGACCUUUAGAUUCUUGCUCCCUUUCUUGGUCAUGACGGUGUGCUACUUCUUGGUAGGACGGACGCUGAGCCGGGCAGCUGGGGUGCGGAGAGAUCGAAAGUGGCGUGCCCUGCGUGUCCUCCUGGCCGUGGUGGCUGUAUUCCUGCUCACCCAGCUGCCCUUCAACGUGGUCAAGCUGAUCCGAGCCAUGGACAUCAUCUACAUCCUCGUGACUGACUGUGAAGUCAGCAAGGGCCUGGAUCGAGCUCUCCAAGUGACAGAGAGCCUGGCGCUGGUCCACGCGUGCAUUAACCCCAUCCUCUACACCUUCAUCGGAUCGUCCUUCAGGGGACACGUCCUCAAGGCUGCCAAGCACCUUGGACAGCGACUCGGGAGACACCCGAGACAUGUCAACGGGGAGCCGGCAGUGGAGAUUCGACUCAACACGCAAAAUCAAACGCAAUCCCAGUCUGAUUCAGAAGAUCAAGCCACCAGCACCUUUACUAUUUAAGACUCAAACUAUGUACCCACUUUUCUAUAAGCACCUAUACAAAAUUGUGUAUCUAUGUAUAUAUAUAUAUAAAAACAUGUUUAGUAUCAUAAGAUAUAGACAUCAAUAAACAUAAUAUUCUUCUUGUAAUAAAGAAAUAUGUACAGUCGGUUUAU